ACCCAUUCCGCUGUCCCGUACCACGCGCCCACUCCUCACCGCCCGCCUUGCCUCACGAAAGCGUGUCGUCUCUCGCCAUCACCCUGUGUGUCGGGUGUUUGUGUGCUACACCCGCCCAAACAAUCCACGAUGCAACGGAGCGCCAUGCCUUCAUCGUUUGCACCUCACCAUAUAGCACAUGGUGAGGAUUCCGACGACAGCGAUUUUGGAGAAGCUGCGCUUUCCUCCGAAGACGCCGGCAGUGACAACGGCGAAGCAUCCCACGCCUCACAACCCCAAGGUAGAUCAUCACAACGAGCAGCCGUGGCGGACGGGGGAGACACAGGCGCUGCAGCUGCCUUCGACGACUCUUCUGCUGCGCCCGAGGGCAUGCUGUUGCGUGACAAGCAGCGCCGCACCACCCACUACAAUUACCAGCUGGAGAAACAGAUGUCUCAUGUCGAGGCCAAGCAGUUCUAUCAACAGCAGCGUCAAAACACGCUCGACGAACACAACCUCUCUGCCAGUCCCGUCACUGGCACCAGUCCGAUCCUCAGAGCAAAGACGUUUUCAAGCCAUCCCGGAGCAGAUCCUACUUCUCUCACGAGGUCUGGCAGUCUAAAGAGUAGGCAGAGCACUUCCACAUACAAAGAGCCUGCGCAGACAGGAUACAAGUCCGCCCUCCCCGUCGGGCUUAGCGAUCCUCGUAAGCAUCCUGAUAGCUCUACAAUUCAGUCUCCCAGCAUCGGCAGAUUCGACGGCUUUCAAAAUGCAAGAUCAAAUUAUGCCGCAGACGAGGAAAAUCUGCUCGAGGCAGAUCGGGCCGCUCGUGCACACGCACUGCAUCCGGGCUUGCCCCACGAAAAUAAACCUCUACUCGAGCAGGAAGGCAUUCACGGCGCCGGUGCAGGCAUAGGCCAAGAUGCUGCGAAUGAUUCCAGCGUAACUUCCGAACUCAGUGCCAUCUACUCAAACAUCCAGAAAAUACUCGAUCUGAGGCACAAAUAUAUCAGGUUGUCGUUGCAAGGUCCGUCCGACAAUCCUCGCGAUGAGCCCGGCUGGAACCUAUAUCCGCCGCCUCCUGAGCCUGUCUGGUACGAGAACAAAGAGCGCAAUGCCCAAAAUAGCGACCCGAACGGCGAUGCCGAUGCGAAGACUCCUACCGCCUCGAGCGCCAAGCCGAAAAAGCCUCAGAGAAAGAUGGGCCAGGACAUUGGCGAAGACUUUGACUUCGAAGAAUGCCUUCCGGUCCCUGACGCUUCGGAAAUGACUUUCAAGCUCGACCAGGGUGGAGUGUACCAAGUAUACGAGACUUCCAAGUCUGCAGAACUCGGUGAGCCGAUUCUUCACAUUCCCACAAUUCGCGAGUAUUACAUGGAUCUCGACAGCAUCCUCGCCAUCAGCUCAGAUGGACCAAGCAAGUCAUUUGCGUAUCGUCGCCUGCAGUACUUGGAAGGCAAGUUCAAUUUGUAUGUGCUUCUCAACGAAUAUCAGGAAGUGGCAGAUACCAAAGCCGUGCCGCAUCGUGACUUCUACAACGUGCGAAAAGUGGACACUCACGUACAUCACUCGGCGUGCAUGAAUCAAAAGCAUCUGUUGCGCUUCAUCAAGAGCAAGAUGAAGAAGUGUCCGGAUGAAGUAGUGCUCUUCCGAGACGGCGAAUACUUGGCCCUUAAGCAAGUGUUCGAAAGUAUCAACUUGACCGCCUACGACCUAAGUAUUGACACACUGGAUAUGCACGCCCACACAGAUUCUUUCCAUCGCUUUGACAAAUUCAAUCUCAAAUACAAUCCCGUGGGAGAGAGCAGACUGCGAACUAUCUUCUUGAAGACCGAUAACCACAUACAGGGCAGAUACCUCGCUGAGCUCACCAAGGAGGUCAUUUCUGACCUGGAGAGCAGCAAGUAUCAAAUGGUCGAAUGGCGCAUCAGCAUUUACGGGCGCAGCCUGGACGAAUGGGACAAGCUGGCAGCGUGGGUCGUAGACAACAAAUUGUACUCGCCCAACGUCAGAUGGCUGAUUCAAGUGCCUCGUCUGUAUGAUGUGUACAAGGCUGCUGGUACCAUGGAGACGUACGAAGAAGUCUUGCGGAACGUCUUUGAGCCGCUCUUCGAAGUCACCCAGGAUCCACGCAAGCACCCAAAGCUUCACGUUUUCUUGCAGCGCGUCAUUGGAUUCGAUUCUGUCGACGAUGAGAGCAAAACCGAGCGACGAAUCUACCGAAAAUUCCCGCUGCCAAAAGACUGGGACACAAAGCAGAAUCCUCCGUACACGUACUGGAUCUACUACUUGUUUGCAAACAUCGCUUCGCUCAACGUCUGGCGCAAACAGCGUGGCUUCAACACUUUCGCUCUGCGGCCACACUGUGGUGAAGCCGGAGACACCGACCAUUUGGCGACUGCGGUGCUGUGCUGUCAUAGCAUCAGUCACGGCUUACUACUUCGUAAAGUGCCUCUUUUACAGUACAUUUUCUACUUGGAGCAGAUUGGUGUCGCGAUGAGCCCGCUGAGCAACAAUGCUUUGUUCCUAGCCUACGAGCGGAACCCCUUCUUGCAAUACUUCCGACGAGGCCUGAAUGUCAGUCUUUCGACGGACGAUCCUCUGCAGUUCGCCUUCACGAAGGAGCCUCUGAUUGAGGAAUAUGCUGUGGCUGCCCAGAUCUACAAGCUCUCGGCUGUGGACAUGUGUGAGCUAGCAAAACAUUCUGUGCUGCAAUCGGGCUUCGAGCACGUCAUGAAACAGAGAUGGCUCGGUAACAAUUGUCACCUUCCUGGCGUGGCGGGUAAUGAUAUGGCAAAGGUCAAUGUGCCAAACAUUCGUGAGGCUUUCCGUCAUGAGACCUGGCUCCAGGAGCUGGCUAUGAUUGAUCGCUACACAAACGCUCCUCCCGGCCGCCGCCUAAAUUCGACAACUCUUCCACCAGAUGUUCAAUCGAACACUGGGCCACCUAGUCCGACUGCCAGCAUGAUGACGCACCCAUCGGCCACCAAUCCUAUGCACGGUAUUGAUGCUUCCAAUCACAAGCCCGGAACUUCCACCUAUGCUAAUCCGAACACCAUAGCGACGCCUCGAAUUUACCAAACCAAUGCUCAAACAGCGCGACUCUCGAAGCUCGACAUAGGCCAAGCUCACCCAGAUGGCGCAAAUGGACUUCAGCGCCAAAGCUCGCUCAACCAUAUGAACGAUUCUCCCACAGCAUACCAACCCCCUAUUGAUGUUCCUCCAAUGCCCUCGGCCUCAUCCUCCACAACACUACAGCCCGUCCUUAGCAGCAGUACCCUGGCCGGCCAUGAGCCAAGAAUGUUUCCUGGAGUUAUGAGCCGUCGCAGGAAGAGCUCUAUCGCCAAGGGCGGCGUAUCUGGUGAGGAUUCAGGCGAUUGUGGACUGGAGAGAAGCACAGGCAGUCUUUCAGGAAACAUGACCAGAAGCACUGGAGAAGAGGGGCUUAUGAUGGGAUUGGAAAGAAAGAAUACGAUCGAAGAGGCCGCCAAAGAGGAGGAGUCUCCGCACAGGAGCGAAGAGUAAGCGGAUUGGCAUGCACCGACAGUACACAUGCACCUCACAGACUGAUGAUUAUGAUGGACGAUAGAAUGGAUGGUCGGGAAUGUUGUAUCAUUUAGGAAGAUGACACGAGACUAGAUGUCAUGAGAUGUUGUUUGAGGCAUGCUUUUGGCGCGGCUAGGAUCUCGCUCUGAAAGUUCUAGAAUGUAUCAGUGGAAUAGAGAUGGAGUUCUGGUGGCGUGAAUGACCAAGAAACUAGAGAAC